AUGGCCGUCAGUAAACCCCAAUAUCCACUGGGGUCUCAUCAAGAGCAUAUUGAAAUGUGUAAAACCCAUGAUUUACCUACUGAUGUGAUAUGUGAGGACUGUAAUGAAUUCAUUUGUGGUAAGUGUGCAAAAACAGACCACAGAGAUCAUGAGUGGAAUGCUAUAUCCACGGCAGCCUCCCAAAGAAGGAGAGGUCUGCUUAAAUUUCUGACAAAGAUCAAAGAAGGGGAUCUGCCUAGGAUUGAUGAGAAGAUCGAGAAGGUUUCGAAAGAGAUCACAGAAAAUAAAGAACUGUGUGACUCUGAGAUUAAAAAACUUCAGAAACAUAUUGAUGAGAUAAUAGUCAGGCUGAACGAUAUCAGUGGGAAAAAUGAAAAGAGAUUGAGAGAUAAUUUGGAGGAAAAAAAUGAAAAAGUGAACAGUAUGAAAUCUGAGAUGGACAAAAAGAAGAAAAAAAUUCAAGAGGUAGUUAAGUUUACGGAUGACAACAAGAGUACCAUGUCGGAUUUCAGCUUGAUUGACAACCACAGAGAACUGACAAAAAUGCUGUCUGGCCUGGAUGUUGAAAUGAAGAACUGUAAACAUUCACUGAGAUACAGCACAGGAGAAAUCAGUGAGGAUGCUCUGAAGAAUAUGAUUGGAAAAACUCAGGAUUUAGAUGAUUUCAGUUUGAUUGAAACAAGCACAUUUAAAUAUGGAGAUAGCAUAAACCGUUUAUUGGAGGCAUUAUGUAAAGCCCAUUGUUACAUAGGAGACUUUAAGUCACCUUACUUUGAACAAGUGAACAAAAAAGGUGAAAUAAAACAUAGGUAUAAUAUUGCCGCUAAUGACAUGUGUGUGACUGAUACUGGUUAUGUUUAUUUCACUGAAUUUAAGAACAAGUCCAUUAGCCGUCUGUCACCAUCAGGAUCUGUCUCUACAGUCAUCAGUACAGAUCCACUGGUACCAAUAGGAAUCUGUCAGUCAGUAGACAGUGGACUACUGGUUACCUUGAUGGACAAUGUAUCAGAUCAUUACAAAUUAGAGUCACACAGCAGACGUCUGGUGAGACACAUCACAGUGACAGGUGAAGUCUUCCGUGAGUAUGAGUACCAGGAGGCCGGUCAGACCAGACUGUUUACAAGGCCAUUCAGAGUCACACAGAACAGUAACCGUGAUAUCUGUGUUGUGAACCGUACAAGUGACAAAACAGGUGAUCUAGUGAUAAUGUCUCCCUCUGGUCGUAUGAAUUCUGUCUACCGUGGAUAG